UCUGUACAAGCUGAAAUGAGGAUUAAAACAAACUCUACACAGGUUUUAUAUUUCACACUCAGUGCUUAUUUUGACACUGGCCUUUUUAAACACUUAUAUUUCAUGAUUACUUUGUGUUUGUAUAUGUGUACAGUAUUCUCCAAUGUCUUGCUGAUUGUGGUUAUCUGUGUGAACAGAAGCUUACAUGAACCUAUGUACAUGUUUCUGUGCAGCCUGUUUGUAAAUGAGCUGUAUGGUAGUACAGGGCUGUUUCCAUCCCUCCUGAUUCAGAUCCUCUCUGAUGUUCACACUGUUUCUGCUCCUCUGUGCUUCCUGCAGGUUUAUUGUUUGUACUCCUAUGGAAGUGUUGAGUUUUUGAUUUUAGGUGCCAUGUCUUAUGACAGAUAUCUCGCAAUCUGUUAUCCUCUCCAAUAUGGCACACAUAUGACAUGCAGUAAGGUUGCAGUCAUCACUGCCGUGGUGUGGUUGUAUAGUGCAUUUAUUGUUGUUGUUGUGAUUUCUCUGAGUGCGUCUCUGCAGCUGUGCGGGAGCAUCAUUAACAAAGUGUACUGUGACAACUACUCCAUUGUGAAACUGGCCUGUUCUGACACCACCGUCAACAACAUCUAUGAAAUUGUUUAUGUCUUUGCUGUCAUAGUUUCUAUUUUAAUCCUGAUUAUUUACUCUUACAUGAGGAUACUGAGAGUGUGUUUUUCUGGAUCCAAACAGACCCGACAGAAAGCCGUCAGUACCUGCACACCUCACCUCACUUCUCUCAUCAACUUUUCUUUUGGGGCGUUUUUCGAAGUAGUUCAGAGCAGGUUUGAUAUGAGCACUGUACCAAAUAUGCUUCGCAUUUUUUUAUCAUUAUACUGGCUUGCAUGUCCAUCACUCUUCAACCCUGUGCUGUAUGGACUAAAAAUGUCCAAAAUACGCGGAUUUUUAUUGAAAGGUUGUAGAAUAUUUACUGGAUGUCAUGUGUUGUCAAACAAAUGUGUUGAUGUGCAAUAA